GGGCACAUGCGCCGUGCGCGCACUGCGGAGCGGCGCGGAGAGGCGCGCAGAGACGCGCAGCGGAGCCCGCGGUGGCCGCCGCAACCCUGCACAGCCCCGCGGGGCCGCCGCGGAGAGACCCCCCCCCACUCCCGCACCCCCACCCGCGAAACCGGCGGAGGAGAGGCGUGAGGGCUCGCCAGCAGCAUGCCGCUGGUGAAGAGGAAUAUUGAGCCCCGGCACCUAUGCCGGGGGGCUCUUCCCGAGGGGGUGACGAGUGAGCUGGAGUGUGUCACCAACAGCACGCUGGCUGCCAUCAUCAAGCAGCUGGGCAGCCUCAGCCGGCACGCGGAGGACAUCUUCGGCGAGCUGUUCAACGAAGCCAACAGUUUCUACAUGCGGAUGAACUCGCUGCAGGAGAGGGUGGACCUGCUGGUCAUCAAGGUGACGCAGCUGGACUCCACCGUGGAGGAAGUUUCGCUGCAAGACAUCAACAUGCGGAAAGCCUUCAAGAGCUCCACGGUGCAGAACCAGCAGGUUGUGUCUCGCAACUCCAUCCCCAACCCGGUGAUGGAGAUGUACCAGCGCUGCGACAAGCCCCCGCCGCUCAACAUCCUCACGCCCUACAGGGAUGACAAAAAGGAUGGCCUCAAGUUCUACACCGACCCCUCCUACUUCUUCAACUUAUGGAAAGAGAAGAUGUUGCAGGCGACAGAAGACAAGAGAAAGGAGAAGCGCAGGCAGAAGGAGCAGCGGCUGGUGGAGGACUCCACCCGGGAGGUGAAGAAAGUGAGGAAAGCCCGCAACCGGCGCCUGGAGUGGAACAUGAUGGCGUAUGAUAAAGAGUUCCGACCCGAUAACAGGUUCUCACCAUCCCCCUAUCACAUGGCGUCAUCGGAAGGAUCACUGUCCCCUGAUAAUAGAUCUUAUGCGUCGGACGCAGCCGACCACUCGUACCCAGCGAGCCCCAACCACCCCGCGCAGCUGCUGGCCCCGGCGUCCCACCUGGCCCCGGCGGAGCACAAGGAGGGGGUGCUGCCAGCCGCCCCCCCCCAGGAGCACGUCUACCGCCCGGUGCCAGCGGCAGGCAGCCGGCAGAACAGCCUCAACCGCCUCCAGCAGCCCCACGCGCCGCAGCCCCCCGAGGCUAUCCUCAACGGGCCGAGACCUCACCUAGUCAAGGAUUACGGCCCGCAGCCGGUGCCGAUGGCAGAAUACUUCGUGCCGCCUGCCCCGCCGCCCCCGCCGCCCGUCAUCCCCUCUGCGCAGACCGCCUUCGACAGCCCCAUCUCGGCUCCCCCCGCGCUGGCCCCCGGCUCGGCAGCCCCCGCCUCCUACGCGCCCUCGCCGCCUCCCGCUCCCCCUGGCCCCUACUCCGCUUCCCCACCACAGGCCGGCCCCAUGGGACCCCCGGUGGCACCCCCACCACCGCCACCGGGGCCCCCCGCCAUCACCGCCUCGCCGGCACACUCGGCGUCGCCGCCGGCCCCCGCUGUGGAGCCCCGGAAGCCGCAGAUCCCGCUGAUGCCCAUGAGCGAUGCCCGGAGCGACCUCCUGGCAGCCAUCCGCAGGGGAAUCCAACUCCGGAAAGUUCAGGAGCAAUGGGAACAAGAGGCCAAAAAAGAGCCCGUGGGCAACGACGUGGCAACGAUCCUGUCGCGCCGGAUCGCCGUGGAGUACAGCGAGUCCGACGACGACUCCGAGCUGGACGAUAACGAGUGGUCGGACUGAGGGGCCCUGGGGCUGGGCUGGCGCGGAGCUCCCCGGCUCCAUACCAGGUGUGUAUAGGCGCCUUCCCCAACGUCGAUGCCAACAAGCGCGGGCGGCCCCGCUCAUUCAGGAGCUUUGCUUUUACACCAUGUUGAAAACCCUUCAGGCAGCGGCAGCAGCACUGGUAGGAUACACCUCGGAGGCAGUGAGACCAGAAAUGAGCAGCACCUUCACAUUUAAUGACUUCAAAAAUGCUCUAAAAGCAGGUUAAUAGGAUUACUCCAGAUUUACACCUGGAGCAAGACCAGAGACUGGCUCUGAGUGUGCUUUGCUAGAGAAGGGAGACCCAGAGGCAGUAGUGCUUUUUCAGCUAGUUGUUAAACGUGUUAAGGAGAAGCUCCUGGAGAAGAACCCUGAUUGCACAGCUGGUGUCACCACGGGCACGCAGGGGUGGCCGUGCACCGGCUUUGGGGAUGCUCUGCUGCCUGCAUUUGUAGGAUCUGUAGGAUUUGUGGGCAGGAGCUCCCUUCCCCACAGAGCAAUGCACUGCGUUUUGCGGCAGUUGCACAGGGAUGGUCACCAUCGUGCUGUCGCUCCUUGGAGAAGACCAAGGUGUUGGUGACCUGAGCCUGUUUCUAGCCUUAGGACCAGUUUUCUGGGAGAAAAGCGUGAAGGCAAGCCUUGUGCAGCUGGCAGGGAGACACAGCGCUUGUCCAGGCUUUGAAAGGUGCAACGUGCGCUCUCCUUGGGGGGGUGGACAGGGCUGUCGGUGUCCAAGGAGCUCCCCCAAGCCCAACUCUCCUUGGCCUAAGUGCUACACCAUUUCAGUGUUAUUUGGAAAAAAAAAAAAUUAAUUAGACAAAAUGCUGCUUUUAGGAAAACUCUCAACUUGCACUCAACAGCCCCACAAACUGCGCCCGUACAAUUGAGAUCGGCUGGGACCCGGGCACUAAUCCCUCGGGUCUGAUCCUGCCCCAUCCCUUACCCCAGAGACGGGCACUGACGGGGGAGCCUGGAGAGCUGCGCCCCCACCACGGUGCUGGAAAUCUCAGUUUGCUCAUCAAAAUAGAGCUUGAUUCAUUGAAGGCUUGUCACACAGCUACGAAGGGAGGAGGCACGGGAAGGCAGAGUGGUGGGGUGGGGAAUACUGAAAAUAUCAGUCAGGAGUAAGAGCCUGCAGAGAGCUGGGAGAGGUUCCCCACCAGCAGAAAAUGGGCCAGGACCAGCCAUGGACUUGCCCGACACAGUGUCCUGAGGUCUUCUCUUGUGUUCCCAUAUGCCACGAGUCCAUGAAUGGGGGAAAACUGAGUCCCCACGUCACACAUCUCUUCUGGGGAGAAGCUGGACUCUGAGCCCACCUCCCCAGCAGCCAUGUACGUGAUGGCUACAAAAGUAGGAUUUUGAGUCUCUAGGAGUGACCAGGCCUGUAAAGGAGGUGGGAGGAUAUCACUGGGACCCAAAAGGCUCAAAGGCUGAUGCUUAAAUUCACCCUGAGAAACGCUGAUGUUGAACAAUGCCCCAAGUAUCUGCUCAUUUUUCCCCUGAUGAGAAACCCUUCCUGGCAAGAUGCGAUGAACCCCCUGCCCAGCUGCUGAGAAACGCCCCCAGGAGCCCCCCGCUUCUCUUGACUGACACAAAAUGAUCUCUCAUCCCUUGGAUGUGACGCCUCCUGCAUCUCCUCAUCUGGGCUGCGAGCCGUGGUGCUGAGUCAGGGGCUCGAUCGGAAGAGCAGCGUGGAGGUGGGAGAGGGCAAGGGUGGUUGGGAAGGGUUUGGCAGGGGGAGAGCAACGCCUGCUUGGCGCUGGCACUCACAUCCCUGCCGUUGGCCACGUCCCUGGGUUUGGCCCCUCUUUCCUUAGGGAAAGCUCCCCUUGACUUCAGCAGGACCGAUUGUCAGAGCAGGAACUGCACAUAAAAACCUCGGGUUUAACCCCAGAAUUCCCAAUCUCAGCAGUGCUGAUGCCGUUGAAGCUGCUUGGGCGCUCAUCCCACUCUGCCUGUGGAGGGGCAGCCUCUCCCAGCGUGAGGAAGACCCAGCAGUAUGGGAUUAGCUGUACGGAUCAAUCCCGGUUCCUACGUCAGCCUCCUGGGAGGCUGGUGGGGAGGCUCCAUGCCUCCUGUUUGACCAAGGUCCUGCUGCGGGCAGGCAGGGCAGGGCAGGACAGGGCAGGGCAGGGCAGGCAAGAAGCUGCAGAGCAAUAGCACGCAUGGAAUAGCUCAUCUCCAAAACCCAAGGAAACAGGAUUGACCAAAGGAGGCAGGAAGACAUAGUGUCCUGCAGGUGACCAAGAAGUUCCUGGUCACCGGGAGCUUUCACUGCUGGCGUUGACCCUUUGAGGUGCAGAGAACCAGCUGCAAAAGCUUUCAGCCAAAACCUGGCAGAGGGCCCCUGCCAUGCCCACAACAGGCUUUCCUUGGCAAGGCAGCUGGGGCUUGACCUGGAGCAAGAUCAGAAGAAAUUCUUGUAAAAAUUCAGAGUAACAUUUAAGAGUCACCUGGUAGUAUUUGUUGUGGAGUGUUAUUAAUAUAGAUGCACUUGUGAUACUGUUUGUAUGUAAAGAAAAAUUGGGUUUAUGUGGAUAAUUGAGAAAGGGUAACGACCCUUUGUAAGAGGGAGACCAGGAGAAGGCUGUCAGAGCUGUUGUUACCUGUUGGGGUGGUCGAAGGGCUGCAGAGUAGGCUGCAGGGACCCAGGUGGGGCUCGGGCAGAGCUGGUGAGUCCCACCAGCACAUGAAAGCAGGGAAGGGGCUCUGGCUCGUCCUUCGGUCUGUGACUGCCCUGAUUCUGGGAAGCUGGGCUGAUCCUGGUGGGAACUGGACAGGAGCCAAGUGCCCCUAAAAAACUGGGUCCCUUCUUUUCAUGCACUAGUCGCGUUAUGUGUAUCACAUGAAACUGUGAUAAUUCUGGUAGGACUCCAUUAGCAUGUGGUGGGUCAGGAUUGUCCCUGUAGCCUUCCACUUCCCUGUCACCUCACAGCAACUUUGCUAUGCUUGGGAUUGGCAGCAGUCAACCCGUGCUACUAUCAGGGUCAAUGCCGUUGCAUGGCAAAGCGCUCGACAAUCAUGGAAUUCAAACCUUGCCUGCCCUGUGCAUGGGUCACAUCUGCAGAGCGGAUGCACAGCUGGGAACCUCAGGGCUGCAGGGAGCAAGGCUCACCCUCAUUUCCUCGUGCUUUUACGCUCUUACACCAUCCUCUCCUCUUUGGACAUCCCAGCACAUCCUCCCCACUUGUGUUCUGCUUAAGGAAAUUCCCGGCCCCUGAUAUCACAAGCCCAUUUCACAUGCUCAACUCCAAAGCAGGUCAGCAGGACCAAAACCUCCUGGCACUGCCCAUUGCUUGAAGACAUCAUGAUCCAGCUCUUCCAAGGAUCUGAACAGCCUCAGCUCCACUGAAGCUGUCUUGAUACCAGGGAUGGGGCCGAUCCACAGGUAGCCUCUCCCCAGUGAGAUGUCUACAUCAGAGCUUAUUGCUCAGGUUUCUUGUGUAGCUGGUGGAGAAGUAGGUUGUAUAGUCAACGUGGGCUGCAGACACCCAUUUCUGGUCUGAUCGUGGUGCACCUUGCUCUUCCCAACUCUCUGCUGACAGCACCACAAGGCAGGCAAGCACGUGGUAGCACUGAGAGCCCAAAUCUCAUCAUACAGCCGUUCCUGCAAGGCCAGCUCUGCUGGCAGGCCAACAUCCUCAGUGCCUUUUCUUGAGGGACUCAGCCAUGUUUGAGAAUGGCUAUCUUUAUUUUUAGGUGCAUUCAUCUAUAUUUUUAGGUGCAUUCAUGUAUGGUUUUUUGCCCAGGUGACCUACGAAGUCCAACACACGUGACACCAACUCCUUGGUUGGUCUGGGUUAGCUCUGCUGGAAUUGGUUGUGCCAUACUAAUUAACACUGGCUGUCUGACCCAUAUGCUCACACUCAAUAUUUUGUACACGUGUGCCUAUUUCCGUAUACUCUUCCAAAAGUAGGCCAUGCUGCAUUACACAACCUGAAAUGCUCAAAUUCCCAUGUGGGCCGAUAUAAAAGUGAAUAUUUAAAUAUUUUAUCUAGCAUGGCAGCCAUUAAAAAUACAAUCCGGGUCACAGAUGAUUGAAUUUCUCCUCUCUCAAGUGUACCAAAAGUGGGCUGAGGAGAUUCUCCUGUACAUUAAGGUAUCAUGUUCCAUGCUAAAAUAUUUCAGUGGCGUUUCAUUGCCAACAGAUAAUCACAGAGUGCCAAACAUUUAAUGAGCCCAACCGAUCUCCUGAGAGUUCCUCUCUCCAUUUUAUCUGCUUUCUUUCUCCUACUUGCCAAUUUAUGGGCAGAGAUUAAAAAUAAUAAAGAUGACUGCCAACAGGGGGAAGUAUAUUCUGUGCGCAUACAAACGAAUUGGGCCAGAAUCAGAAGAGUAAAUAAGCCAGUUUGGUUCUGCUUAGAGAUACUAACAGAAGGCUAUAGUCCUUGAGGUCCAUCGGGAACCUCUUGGACAUCUCUGAUUUAUCUGAAAAGGGACAUUAUGGGGACCACCGUGCCCAUGGUACACCAGUCGUUGCCUGUGAGGGCUACAUUGGGUGUGAAGUCUGGUCUUACUCAAGUUUCAUGAAGGUUGGUGGAUGUCUAGCAGUGUUCACAUCCCAGCAUUGCACCUCCAUUUUGAGUGAACAUUGGAGCUGGCUGUUGGUGCUGGUGGCUUUUAGAGGAUCAGUGUCAUGAAGGAAGAAGGAGGGAUUGGGUAGUUUCUAACUUUCCACCCUGGGCAGAGAUGUAGGGAGGAGCAAGCAUCACAUCCUACAAGAGCUCCUGCUUUGGCAGCUAUUUUAUCCAGCGAAGGUUUUAUUCUGAUGACAAGUGUAAGGCUGAACACAGCUUCUCCAGAGAGCUCCCUUCACAUAAAAGCCCUCAGAUUUCCUCCCAGCGAUCUUUCCAUCUCUACCUCCCUUUCAAGACACCCAACAGCCUGAACAGAAGCUUUGCAGACUCCCUUGGGAACAGAACCUGAAUUAACACCCCAUCUUUAAUGAUAAAUGGAAGUUUUGCUUGGAGGGAGGCAGGUUGUAGCACUGGAGGUGGUAAUUUUGGUGGGUGCUUUCCAGAGGGACAUGGCCAGCAGGAGAACCAUGCCAUUUCCUUGUGGCUGGACCACAGAGAGCAACGGGAAGCACUCCCCACCGCAGGGUUGCUGGCAAAGGGAGCACAGGCUGUUCUUUUCACCAUGACUCCUGUUUUUCUGUAGUAGUAGUUGUUAUUUAGGGGUAAGGUUUUCUUGACUGGCAUGUCACUUUACAGAUUAAAAAAAAUAAAAAAAAAAAGAGGGCAAGGACUCUGUCCUGAGGAGUUUACAGUUUACAGCAAAGACCAUAUAACCUGCACUGCACUUUAGAAGCCUCAAAUGCUCGCUUACCCAUUAAUUCACCCUCAACUGGGCAGCAGCACCUUGAGGACUGUUGUCCCUUCCUUAGGUGACCCCAUGACCUACACCACAACCGCAUCUCCCCCACCCUGCAGCAGUGGGGCUCUCCUGCCCCUCCACUGUCCCCACGCAAAAGUGCCUGAGCAAAGUACCGGAGCACCAAGAAUGCUGGGUUUGUCUCUGAAUGGGUCGCCAUGCCCUCAGGAUGGUCCCCACACAUCACACGGGGCUAUGCUCCUCCAGGAUGACCAUGCACAUGACAGAAAGUCUGCCCAGGUGCACCACUGCAGCAGCUGCAUACACUUAGAACUGCCCAUGCAAUUCAUGAGAUGCCCUCCUAGAUACUAGAAAGUGUCCUCCUUCAGGCACUUAUACUCAAGCCUAGACUUUGACUCUCCAGAAGAUUGAAAUACUUCAAAGGGUUGGUUUUUUUGUGAAUCUGAUCUUCCUUUAACAAACCCCAGAUUUUCUAGGAUCCCUUGCUGAAGCUCCACUUUGUCCAGGUGAGAGUUGCACCUCCAUUUUGCUAGGGGAGGGAAGGAGAAAAAACCAACCCACAGUCAAGAACUUCAGCAAGGGGUUUGCCCCAAAGCCUUCAGUACCCUGCCCACAGGCAGGGUGGGAGGAGGACACUGGGAUGUUCCCAAAGGACACCAUCCUGGUGGCAUCACUAGGCUGAGGCAGACCCUGCGGCAAGGGAUGGGCUCUUGCUGUGUGAAAUCCCCAGGCAAGACCUGGAUGGGACAUGCUUGGCCACGGUGUCCCCUGAAGGCAAUGUUGAUGUGACAUCAAUAUUAAUGACUGUCUUACAUUGGUACAGGGCCCCGAGGUCACAGACGUCUCCAUAGCACUACGUGAUGGUAGAUCGCUGAUGCUUCGCCCUCCCAUGGGCAUCUCUCCAAUAGAUAUCUUCCCACAGGUGUCACCUUCAGAGCAGCACCCAGAGGUCCCUCUGUAGCCUUUUGCUCUUAGCAGAAACAGAAAUCUGCUGUCGAUGGUUGCAUUUGAGGGCUCGCAAGCCCGUGUCCGUGUGAAAUGAGCCUUUCCCUGCACACCUCUCCCACCGUGGCAGUGGCGCUGGGCUGGCCCUGGGGAGCUUCCAACCCAAUGGUAGUUCUAGCACUUAGCUGUGUAGAAAGUAUUAGGAGUGCAAAGAGGAGGAAACAAAAUAGAAAGAAAAUAACCUGGUGUUUUAGGUUGGUUAGGGUCCCACCACUCCGUACAAGAAUAUCCUCAGGUAGGUAAAGCCUGCUGCAGAGCAACAAAGGGCAACAGGUAGAAUAAACCUGUCCUCCACGCGUGCGUUGGACUAAAGCGCAAAGCAUGGGAUUGAGUUGUGGCGGAAAGGAGUUGAGUGAGAUCUCAGGGAAAGCUUUCUCAAGGUGACGAUGGAGAAACUCUGAUACAGGUCACAGAGGCUCUACCGUGGGAGGUCUUUGAGAAGUAGUGAGACACCAGAGAGGAGCGCUGUCCAUGACCCUGCGUUGGGCCAGGGGAUGGUAGAGGUGCCCAGAGGACAUCUCUUCCAACAUGGCAUGUUUGCAGUUCUGCCUCACCCCCUCCUUCAGGCUUGCAGCACCCCUACUUGUGGAUCUGUCCCAGCAGAUUACAGCCCCAAAGCAUUGCCCACCAGCGCUCUCCAUUAGCUUUGUAGCCCUUUUUCUGGUUUUGAUGUUGACCCUCAAAUACACUAAAGAUAAAGUGUACUGCAGGAUAAACACCUGCCAGGGAAGGAUGUGACCCAACUGCAGAAAAGCAGGAGGCACAGCUGUUACUGCUGUAUUUCAAUAGUUAGAAGGCAGCAGCUCCAGCAACCUGCUCCUCCAGACCAUUCAUGGUCCACAGACUGCAGUGUGUAAACCAUGCUGGUACAUUAAAGUCAAUAAUUUAAAAGUUACUCUUUGAUUUAGGGUAGCUCAGUUGAGGAAUCUAAAAACAACCACCACCCCAAAAAAACCCCAAACAACUAAAAAAAACCCAAAAAACAACUUACAUGUGAUUUCCAGGAGGAAGAUGCACUCGGUCUCCUUCACCUUGACCAAAAGUGAGACCCAGCAUUGCUUCUCAGCUAGCCACCAAAAAAUGGAGCAGCUGUCACCAUAACCAGUUUCAAAAAUCCAUUCCUGAGAAACCAGUGUUUAAGAACAGAACAAGCAACACCUCAGCCCACAGCACAACAAGGAGAUAGUUCUCCUGCUACCAUAGGAAGUGCUUUUGCCCCUGAAGGCCCCACCCCAACUCAAGUGUUUCAAAUCCCAUUGAUUUUCACCUGUUCCUGGUGCUUGUUGAGGCCUGAUGCCUCAACUGGGAACACUUACUCCAUGGAAAGUCACUUCUUGCCAUGAAAAAACCAGCCAUAAAAUUCUUGCGUUAGAAACAAAGUGGGCUUUGAGCCUCAUGACGUUAGUGUGAUGGACACUGAGGAGCUGCUGAUUUCCCGCUGGCAGCAGGCGCAUCUUUGGCACAGUCCUGCCAGCUCUCCAAAAAUUAUACUGUUAGGAGCAUCAACAUCCUCCCUUACCACCACCACCACCACCACCAAAGUUAUUUUUAUACUGAGAUGUUUCAGGUCUACUUUUAGUUCUGGCCAGUUUUCCACAAAUGGGGCCGCUCUUUGUGGUGCUUUUCAUCUUGGAUCAGAGCAGGUUAGGAAAAAGAAAGGAAAUCCCCACCAAAAAACCCCCCUUUUUUUCUCUGAAAUGCAUUUUUAGGAGCAUUUCAGGGCUGAUGGCUCCUCAUCUUAAUGGACUUCCUUAAUUUUGGGGCUUGCCCGGAGGAAUGUGAAACAGGGUAUCCCCGACAUGAGUUUGGGUUGGUGCUGAAGCGCUGCUGGCACUUUCCUCCCCUCUGCUUUUGGCUUGGUGGUGUCAAACGUGGGGCUCGGGUCCAGUGUUCCCGUUGGGAGAGCAGUGGGGCCGCAGCAGCGUGGCAGCUCCUCACUGACACAAGUGCCUUUUUUGGAGGUCCCCAUUGCAUGGCCAAGGAGCACGGGGCUUCACGGGCAGGUGGGCUCGUCGAGCUGGGGAGGGGCAGAGCAUUUCCAAGCAUUUCUGAUGCUCGGCCUGUCCUCACCUGGGUGGAAACCUGGACCUGCCCAGACCCCGAGGUAUCCACUGGGAUUCCUCUUUCCCCGCGCACGGGGUUUUACACCCGUGGCUGUGCAGGGGUAGUUUUGGGAGCAGCUUUUACUCCAGUCUUGGCCAACCCAAGGACAACUUGCAUGGGGACAGUUUCAGAAAGGACACGGUGGAGCUGCAGGGAGGGGACAAACCCCGUCACCACUUAGCUGUGGGACAUGCACGUGCUGGUGGGUUUGCUCCGGCGUGUGCACAUUGCUGCUGCCACGGGACAAGCAUUCAGGCUGGAGAACCUUCCUCUUCCUCCUCCUGCCCCAGGGCCAUUGGGGCAAUGCCAGCUGCUGCAGCAGGACAGGACCCACCUCGCUGCCAGGUUUCCGUCACCUUCAGGAGCACGAGCACCUCUGCGUGAGGCAGGAGGAUUAUUUUGGGGGGCAUUGAAGGCAGGUGAGGAUCAUCUCCUGUGCCCUGCUCCCGGCAGCCCAGGGAUCAAGGCUAGCCCAGGCUGGGCUGGGAGCCCCUCGGACAUCCCCAAAACCCCUCUGCACUACCCAAACUCAGUAGCUCUGAGGUAGGGAGACCCCCAAGGGCACUGGGAUGACAUCUGUGAGCGGCCAGCUCGAGCUGAGGAUUUUAAAAGCAGUUUUUGCCCCUGUUGGCACCGGCCGUCCAUAGAUGCAGCCUGGAGCUAGGGCUGGGGCCGCUCUUUAUGGAGGUUGGCUCCAGCUCUGCAGCGGUGGGGACAGGGAGGUGCCAGCCUGGUGGCACCUUGCAAGUUGGCUUCCCAGGGUGCUCAGCAUCGGUGGGGCUGCCCCGAUGCUCCUGCCAAAGGCUCAUUUUUAAAUAGCGGCAGAAGUAUUACCUGUAUUUCCUUUGACUUGCCGUUUGAUAGAAGCAGCUGAUGGGAGAUGGGCGUCUCUCCCAUGGGAGGGUCACCCAUUACAGGCCACACCUUGAUUUCCAUUAUUAUAUAGCUGACAUUAAAAAAGAAGAUGUUCACUGUCUAAAGGGGUCUUUUAACCAUGUGCACUUAGUCAAUAGGUGAGUAGAUGUUGCUGCUUGUAUCUAUCUACCGUACCCAGUUGCUACGUGUGAACAAGUGUAUUUCUCCCCAGUGUUGUGGGUUCUGCCUGUCGUGACACGAUGAUGGAAAGGUAGGGACUACGUCGGUCACAGCACGAGCUUUCUUCUGUACAGUGUAGAGAGGAAACCUGGAACGAUCUGAAGCACCGCUUGUAACUACAUUUGUUCAAAAAAAAUGUCAUCUUGAUCCCAAACUGUUGACACUUUAUGCAUGUGCUAAUUAAAAAAAAAAAAAAUUAAUAAAGAUUUUAAG